CCGUGUCCUUUGGGUUUUGAUUGUCUCAGCUAUAAAAUGUGCCGUGGUCCCUGCCCUUCACAUCUAACAGGGUUUUUCACAGCCACAGUGCACACAGGUUUCAGUCUCGGCCCUCUGCCACAUACCCUCAUGAACCUGCCUGUCUGCGUUUUGUCAUCCUUAAUGAAGACUCCCCCAACCCCCCCAAGCCCAGGCUCUUGCCAGACUGCAGGUCAGCCAUGUCAUUGCCUGGGCCCUACUCAGACACUCGGAUGACUUCAUGCCUGUGCCCUGGAGGUGUCCAGGUGUGGGUGGGUAGACAAAAACUGCACCUAGUGUAAAACAUGUUCUCCGUUGGCUGAAUAUGAGGAGCACCUGGGCCCACCUAAGCCCUCUAACCUCAGUCUUGGAGGGGCAGGCCUUGGUGUUUAUAAAACUUGUGCUGAUGCUCCUGAGAAUCAGGUGAGCUUCGGAGUGCCCUGGACUGGCCCCGGUAAGGCCGUGCUUUUAUUUGUCUUUAGAUGACUAGGGCUUUGUGUCAGGUGACAACCCAGGCCUGGACAGUGACUCAGAUCUGGAGUACCAGCUAAAGGCUAAUGUCUCUGUUGUUUCAUGGGUUUCAACCCUGUUAACUGCUGGCCCCUGCUUCCUAGGCUAGGCUACCAACAUCUACUUAUCCCUGGAGAAAGAAGCUUCCCAAAGCUCAAACAAGGUUUCCGGUUUGGCCGGCCACAGGUUGGGGUGCGGAGACCUCCGGGCCUGCAGGGGGCGCCUGGUGCAGCGGAGCGCCCUAAUCUCGGGCAGGGCCGGGGCUGCGCAGUCAUGAUCACUGCCAAGGCCUCGGCGGACUCCGCCGUCCCCUCGGUGCACGGUACUGCGGUGGCCACCGGUGUCCCGGAGCGCGAGGAGCCAGAGUGGCCCUGGAAAGAUGCCCCGAUCCGGGCGCUGGUGCAGCGCAUCCACCAGUUGCAGGCUGAGCGCGCGCAGGCCUUCCGCCGGCUGGAGGAGUGGUCAGUGAGGGUGCAGGGCCUGAGAGCCUGGGGGCGUAGCCUCAGGACCCCCACCUGCCGCAGAGGCCACCUCCAGUACCUGCGAAGCGGCCCGCCCUACGACUUCCCCCGCUACCGGAGCACGGUGCACGAGGUGACCCAGGCCUUCGCCGCCGCCUCGCGGGAGGUGCUGGCGGUGGAGGCCGAGCUGUCUGGGCCCAGAGGGCAGCCGCUGCUCGCGAGCCACGUGCGAAGCCUGCAACAGCUGGAGCAGACGCGCCUGGCAACGCCAAUCCCGACCGAGACGCACUUCCCAGGCCGAGUCCACGUGGCCCUGCUGCAGCUGAUGGGGACGCCAGAGCUGACUGGGCAGGAAGACACCCUGGAGACGCACCAGCUGAAGAUGAAGGUAAUUAAAACCAUGGAAGCGAUCAGCGAGGUUCUUCAGGACCUUAGGUUUGAUGCAGAAUCUGCCGAGUGAUGGUGGCUCCCCAGUGACACACCAAGGGAUAUGGGAAAUGUCCCAGGGCCUACCCCUUGACUGUCAGCUGGCUGGGGUCACGCUCCACCAGGUCGCCGACUGCCCCUGAGUUUGCUGCACCUCCCACAAUAAAGAACCCUUCGUCUGUA